AAUAACACGCAGCCAUUUGGGAUUCAAGCGUUUUGUAGUAGCGGCAUCAAAGCUGCCGUGUCCCGUAAUGUCCUUUAGCGAUGUCUACAGCCUCUAAAGUGGUUCUCGGGUUAUCCGUGGUACUGACCGUGGGCACCGUAGCGGGAGUGCACAUCAAGCAGAAUUGGGACAGACAGAGGCUGCGAGAAGGAGUGCUGCGAGACCUGGAGCGUGUGGAGAGGAAGCUCGAGAACCAGCGAGCCCUCGAGGAGCAGAUCCGCCUGACCACGGAGCUCGUGGCACACCGAGAGCAACAGGAAGCCGGCGAGACGGCCGGCAGCAAUUGA